AUGUGCAUGAAUCGCCCUGAUUACGCGCCCACUAUCACCACCGCUGCGAUCGCGAUACCUUCGAGCAAUGAUCCACGAUUGAUCUCUCCCUUUGAGCCCAACUCCAUGCUACCGCCGGCAUCUGGGGAGGAACUGUCGAUCAAAGAGGAUGACGACUACGUGUUUGAAGACGAUGUCCGACUACCGCUUGAGCUUGACGAGGUCUUGGGGCAAGGUUCCAGCGCAAUAGUAGAGCGAGUACGUGAUAGGCAGACUGGCCGCAUAUUUGCGCUCAAGAAAUUUACUUUCGCUCGCGCACGAGCACGAGCACUGAAAGAGGAGGCCUUCAAGCGCGAAGUCGCGAUCAUCCGCCGUCUCGCUGGUCACCAUCACAUCAUUCGCGCAUACGCUACAUUUGUUGCCAAACUCAAGUUCGGUUUGAUUCUCGACCCAGCGGCCGAUGAAGGAAACCUGGAAAAAUACCUUGGGGCAUAUUGGGAUUUGAUCGAGGAGCCUGAUUCGUCUGGCACAAAUGUCACCGCGAUGACAUCCGUUCUCGAACGAGCAUUUGGCUGUCUGGCUAGUGGACUUGCAUUCAUGCACUCAAGAGAUAUUCGGCACAAGGACAUCAAGCCACAGAACAUACUCAUCCACCGAGGCACGGUAAUAUAUACGGACUUUGGCUGCGCUAAGGAUGGUAAGCAGACAGGCUCAAACACCACUGAAGGGCCGACCGAGUUGACCCGACGAUAUGCACCGCCCGAGGUUUUGGAAUUUGAGUAUCGUAACUUCGCAGCCGACGUGUACUGCCUAGGCUGUGUCUUCGUCGAGCUUCUUGCAGCCGCGAGUCAACAGAUUAUAUAUGAGCAGGACAUAGGCUUCUCGCAUAUCAUGGACAUGGUGCAUGACAACCUUGCCUCCAUCUCCAUCGCGCCCAGGCUGUCAUUCCUACCGAACCUCAUAAUCAGCAUGACUGGGAGAGACCGAACGCAGAGGCCGAGAGCUGAUGUGGUGUUUGCAAACAUGUCCGCUGAUGACGGAUUCUUUUGCUUAGAAUGCUCGCGCAGUCAUCGAGACCCCGCAAAGCUUACGUCCUGGAAAUGGUCCGCUAUCCACGGACGAGACUAUUGCCAUCUUCUCGACGAUGAUGAAGAAUUAGUGGGGCGUGUUUGGUCGCAUAACGCGCAAGUCGUUAAGGACCGGUCGCUCACACCAGUGUCCUACGAUGUUGCAAUUCCAAGGUAUAGCCUUUACGUCUUAGUCUCCAUUCGCGUCCCCAAAAGUUCUGACUCUCUCCAUAGCGACGAGCACAACCGCAGACAGCCCAGCAGCAGUAGAGGAAAGUCUACGAGCGACCGCAGUUCCCCAAAAGCAUCUCCGAAGAAGAGUACACCCAGUAAGCUAGUCUCAAUGCCAUACCUGCUAAAGCUGACCAUCCAGAUUGGCUCUCAAGAUCAGAGUUCUUCACUACUGGAAGGGUACGUCUUUCGCGCCUUCAAGUGA